AUGUUGUGGCUUUCUCUUUUCUUCACCUCAUAUGUGUCGGCUCAAAUGUGCAGAGUCUUAUCAAUGCAGGGUGGUGCAAGUUUUGGCUCCUAUGAAGGAGGAGUCUUAACCGCUAUGGUAAACCUGCUUCCACCUACUGAAGUUCAAUACAAUGCAGUUGUUGGAAUUUCAGCAGGAUCCUUAAAUUCUCUCCUCCUUGCAAUAUUCCCUAUGGGCCAAGAGCUGAAUGCAACCCAGCUGAUUUAUAACGUGUAUUAUAAUCUCGACGGUGCCCAAGAUGUCUAUAUCGACUGGAAAGGUGGAGUCAUUGAAGGAUUGACCUUAAGAAGUGGGCUUUAUAACAACGAGCCAUUGAGAAAAACAAUUGCAAAAUACUUCACAUCGUUGAAAAGGAACAUUACCGUUGGAAGCUGCAACAUUGGCACUGGAGAAUUUAUGACUUGGAAUGAAACUGUAGGAAAUGCAAAUAUUCAGGAGGCUGCUAUUUGUUCGUCUUCAAUUCCAGGAUUUUUCCCUAUGCAAAGCUUCCAAGGAAAUAACUAUGUUGAUGGGGGGACGAUUUAUUCAAAUGAUAUUUUUGAUGCCGUGAAGAGGUGUUAUGCUGUGACUGGGAAUUAUUCUUUGAUUACUGUUGAUGCGUUAGCAUGCUUUGGUGAUAAAUUAAAUACAGCAAAAUCUAUGCUCUUUUUAGAGUUUGUGCAGAGAAAUAGGGCGAUGAUUAAUAAAUUUUAGAUGCAAUAAUAUAUUUAGUAAUAGACAGUUAUUUUCAGACUAUUUAUAAGUGUGAAUAAUUUGAAAUCAUUGGAAGUGAAGCUACGAGCUGACGAAAUCCGCAGCUAUGAUUCAGGUUUAAGUGAGCUUUAUUAUGCAAUGGAGGCGUAUCCAGAUGUGAAUUUCAGAUAUUAUAUCCAGCCUAGCGUUUCACUUGGAAAAGUGCCUUUAAACUUCACCCACGCUGCGUUGAUGUACAAUUAUGAUGUCGGUAUGAAAGACGCUCAAAAUAUCAUCAACAAUAAAAUCUUUGCAAGGCAAAUUAUCAAUGACUGGAUUGCGAAAAAUGGUGGUGUCAAUAAGCGCGAAACCAUCAUUAUUUAA